AUGGCUGAAGUUUCAUCCGCUCAAUCUGCCCCCGACGCCAAGCUCUACGUUGAAGCUGCGGAAGCCCGCAAAUUCAUCGAGGCCGUACUUACCGGGAAUGGGGUGCCCGCCUCUAAUGCCGCUGUUGUCGCCAAGUGUCUCGUCGCCGCGGACCUGCGGGGCGUUGACACGCAUGGCAUUAAUCGGAUCCCGUCAUACAUGGCUCGGGUGCGUGCCGGUGUCCUUGACGGCACGGCCACCCCCUCAUUAUCCAAGAUCACGCCAGUCGUCGCGCAGGUCGAUGGUCGCAACGGCUUCGGGUUCCUAGCUGCGUCGCUGGGCAUGAAGGAGGCGUGCGAGAUGGCGCGCGAGUUCGGGAUCGGGAUGGUGAGCAUCAAGCACUCGAACCACUUCGGCAUGAGUGCUUGGAUUGUGCAACAGGCUAUCGAUGAUGGUAUGAUGAGCCUUGUGUUCACUAACUCAAGUCCGGCGCUACCGGUCUUCGGUGGAAAGAGUAAGUUGAUGGGGGUCUCGCCUAUCGCUUGUGGCGCUCCCGGUGGGCAGGAGAAGCCGUUUAUCUUGGAUAUGGCCCCAUCUGUGGCAGCGAGGGGGAAGAUAUAUAAGGCAAAGAGGAGGGGGGAGAAGAUUCCACUGGACUGGGCCUUAGAUGCGGAAGGGAGACCAACGGAUGAUCCGACGGCCGCGCUGGGAGGAGUUAUGUUACCUAUGGGAGGACCCAAAGGCUCAGCAUUAGCAAUUAUGAUGGAUGUAUUCUCAGGGGUCCUAUCAGGUUCGGAAUUCGCAGGCGGAGUCACAGGCCCGUACGAUCCAAGUAAACCGUCAGACGUCGGCCACUUUCUCGUGGCUAUUAAACCCGACUUAUUCAUGAGUCUCGACGACUUUCGGAAACGGAUGGACUUCCUAUACCAGCGAGUUGUUGGUUCGGAUAAGGCUGCCGGUGUCGAGAGGAUAUAUUUCCCCGGUGAAAUCGAGCAACUGACUCAAGAAGAAAGGGAGAGGACGGGAAUUCCUCUAGUGCAAGCUGAGAUUGAUGCCUUGAAUGAAGAGGCCAAGAAAGUUGGAAAACCCCUUAUCACGAUCAGAGCACAAUAA